AUUUAUUCUCUUCUAUGCUUAUCACUUUUAUUUGUAUUUAUUCAUCUACAAUCACAUUUUUAUUUAAUUUUAUAUUUAUUGUAUAUAGAAAGUUGAACUUGAAGUACUUAAUGAGACUCGCUCAGUACAUGCUCAGUCAUUGACGAAUAAAGAAUGAGUCUUGUUUUGUUGAUUAAACUAAAGUUUUGGGUUUUUAUAUAAGAAUGUCAAGAGAAAGUCGUGUUUUGUCUAUCCAAAGUCAUGUUGUGCAUGGCUAUUGUGGUAAUAAAUCUGCUGUUUUUCCAUUGCAGGUGCUUGGAAUUGAUGUUGAUUUCAUUAAUAGUGUCCAAUUGUCAAAUCAUACUGGAUAUACGACGAUUAAAGGACAAAUAUUAAAUGAAAAUGAUCUUAAGGAAUUAUUUGAUGGACUUAAAGCUAAUAAUUUGGAUACGAUCUACACACAUCUAUUGACUGGAUAUGUCAGCAACGAUGAAUUUUUGAGGGAAAUUGCAAAAAUCAUUAAAGCACUCAGAGCUGUCAAUCCAGACAUGAUUUAUGUUUGUGAUCCAGUCAUGGGAGAUAAUGGUCGGAUGUAUGUAGAAAAAUCUUUACUGCCUAUAUUUCGUUCAGAAAUCGUUCCUUUAUGUGACAUUUGUACACCAAAUCAAUUUGAAGUCGAGUUAUUGACUGAACAGAAAAUUAAUAAUGAAGACGAUGCAUGGAAAGGAAUGAUGUGGUUCCAUGAGAAAGGCGUAAAGACUGUCGUACUUUCAUCAAGUGAUAUCGGUGGUCCUAAAGAGCUUAUUGCAUUGCUAAGUACAAAGAAAUCAAGUGGAGAGUAUGAAAAAUAUAAAAUCGUGAUUCCACAAAAAAAUAUAUUUUUAACUGGAACUGGCGAUUUAUUCGCUGCAUUGUUCCUGGCACAUUCAACGAGACUACCAAAUGACCUGAAAACAGCAUUCGAACAAACAAUUGCAUCAGUUCAGUCAGUCAUUGAAGUUACAAUUGAUUCUAUGCGAGAAGAAUUCAGAUCUGGUAAAGUAAAGCCAAAUGCUCAACAGCGUGAAUUGAAGAUUAUCCAAAGUAAAAAGUAUAUUGAGUCACCGGUAAUAAAAUUACAUGCAAUUAGAAUUGAUUAAGGAAUUAAAUAUAAUAAAAUGUAUUGUAAGUUGUUAUCUUGGAUUUGUUCACUAUCUUAUCAAAAAAGAAGGCAAAUAAUGAUGACUGAGAGAUAUUCCCAUAUUUAAGCAGCAAAAGUACCGAGUCUAAAGAUUUAAAAGAGAUUUAAAGUUAUUGAUGAGACAAUAAAGCAUUGAGUGUUCACAAAUUAAAGUUGUUCUUAUUUAAACAUUAAUAAGUUAUUGUAAUUGCCCUGGUAAUUGCUUAUUUGACAUGUCCA